AUGAUACUCCACUUUUUUUUGAUCACAUUCGUAUUUUCAUUUAAAGACCAACCCACUCGAAGACCAAUCGAGCCCGGUUCUUCAGUAAGCGAGAAAUUACUUUUACUGAUGAUGGUCACCCAACAACAAGGUGACCAAUGGACAAGAAUGCUCCAUAUUAUUAAUGCAAGAAUGAACCGUUUCCCACAAGUAGCCAACCCUUCAUUUCAGGGCUUAUUAGAGAAAGUUCACGAAGAACAAGAGAGUCUUUUGAAAUCAUUGGAUUUUAUUAUAGACAAAAAAUUACUAACAAAAACUGGUCUUUAUCAGUUGUGUGAAUCGAUCAGAGAAAGUAUGGCUCGAGCUGAAGAAAAAACUGGACAUUGGGCUUUACUUGAAGAAACAUAUGAAAUGAUGACUAAAGUAGUAUAUGCAAAAGGACUAAAAGGUAAUUAUCGAACGUCACUUCUCCAUCAACUUGUACUUCCAAGAUCAUACUUUGAAAAGUUAUUCAACUUUUUGACUAAAGUACGUGAAGAACCAAUGUAUAGUAGAGACCAAGAAAUAAAAAAUGCUCAAGACACUGUAGAAAGAUACUUAAGCGCUAUAGAAAGAGAGUCAAUUCGAUGGGGACAGGACUUUAAUGUGAUUGAGGACGCAGCUGAAUUUGACCUUUACAAAUUCAGUCUUGAUAAAUUAAGAGAAAAGGGAGAUAGAAGAGCAAUAAGAAGAAGAAACACAAUACCAAAAGAUGAUGAAGAGCAACCCCAAGGUGGUGCUUCAGGUUGGGGAAGUGUUUGA